AUGUCGACUCCUCCCCUCGUCAGCUGCAACCUGGGUACGGUAGCCCUUGAGAGCGUGCUCUAUGGCAUAUUCCUCAUGCUGUCGGGGACGUUCAUGUACCUCCACUUCACCCGCGCCGUUGCACAGCGUUCUGGCAGCUCCGUGAUACGCAAGUACAUAACCCCGGUCUUCUUUGGGUCGGUGUUUGUGACAUGCACGGUUACUGGCCAUUGGGUAAUGACUAUCUACCGCCUCUUCGACGCGUUUGUCAACUUCCAUGGAGGCGCGGCGCCGUUGCUUUACUAUGAGAACAUUGCCCUCACCACGGAGGCCGUCAAGACGGCGUUCCUGAUCGCGACGCUCAUCGUCUGCGAUAUUCUCUUCAUCUAUCGCCUGUGGGUCGUCUGGUCAUACAACUAUUAUGUCACCGUGAUUCCGUGUCUUGCCGUCCUCGGGCUCUGUAUUGCGGGACCUGGAAUCGUUUACAAGCUCACCCAGGUAGCAACCGGCAACUCUGUCUUCAUCUCGUCCCUUAGCCAAUGGAUUCAAGUCGACUAUUCGUGUACCUUCAUCCAUGAACAGAGGGUCCUUGCGACGAUCGUCGAGAGUGCCGCGCUCUAUACGACCUACGUUGCUUUCUUCUUUGGCUGCUAUCAAGCGACAAGCAACCUGCAGUACGUCGCCGUCGACACCCUUGGCACCAUCGCCGGGAUCGCGUUCAUGAUGAUCAACGUGCGCGUUGGCCUCGGCUGGGCGCAGCAAGCACACCCGUCGACGUCCUCCGGCAUCCCUUCUCGUCGGGUACACACUGCACAGGACCGCUCCUAUGUCAUGCAGCCAGUCGCCGUCGACAUCUCGAAGGUCGUGCAGAGUCACGACGACAUGGGCAUGCCCGUCGGGAUGAAGAGCGAGCUCUCCGUUUAG